AUGCCCCGCCCUGAACAGAACCAGGCGCAUGAUCAGUGUGUUUGGCGACCUUACCCAACACACCGUGAAACACGUCCAUCGUAUUUGAGUCCUUGCUUUGAUGAGGCGUGCAACUUGUCCACCAUUGCGCGCGAUAUCUCACGCAGUAUGUUUGCAGAGGAGAGGCUCAAUUUCCAUCAGUUCGAAAUGCAUCGGCAGAGUCGGCAGGUGCUCUACGAGCGUUUGAAUCGAUGGAAUGAGCUUUUGCCUGAGGUGUUCGAGGAUAGGUUCAAGCCGCCACCGCAUGCCAUCCUUUUGAAGAUGCGUUAUCAUACUUUGACUAUCAACUUGUUCAGCUGCAUUUCUGAUCAAGUCUCAACCAGUGAAGCACCCAAGACUCCCGAAAGUCCCGCCAGACACACUCCCGAGUUCAAGAACAAUGCAUGGGAAGUCGCGCAGUCAGCAGCUCGCAGUAUUGCAGCACUUACACGCCUACUUCGGCGCGAAUACGGCGUCAGUCGCGCGCAUCAUUUCGCAAUGUACGCAAUCAACCUUGCGCUAUUUACAAUGCUGGAACAAGAAUCUUUCGACCUCCUUGAUCCAGACUUCCUUGCGCUUGCAAGCGCAUUCUCUGUCGUGGCUAGCCGAUCGGCACUGGGACGUAAUCUGUUCCAUAUCUUCCGACAAUCUGUUCGAGCUAAGGCCCAGGGAAAUAGAAUCCGAGGCUCGGACUCUGUUACUGACGAUCUCAAGGAUCUUUUCGAUGAGGGAUCCUUGAAUGAAGGCCAUAGCCGGUUUGAUGGGUAUGCAGAUGGUCUUGAAAAGCUCAAUCAGAAAAAAAAAGUACAAUGGCAUCGGGGAAGACGGACAAAGUCUCCAGGAUUACCCUGGCCUUGGCCUAUCCGACAUGCUUGA